AUGCACCCCGAGGCCUCGGCGCUUGCGGCGGGCGGGACGGCGGAGCUGGGCCAGGCGCAGGAGCCGGUCGUGGGGGAGUCCGCGGGCGACCACGGGGACGGGAGCCACGGGGGCCGCAAAGAAGAAACUAAUGAUCCUAAGGAAACGCGCGGGGUUCCGCCUGGUGCAUCCUACCAAAGCCAGCAGAAGCAGAGUGGCAACGGCGGGCCAGACGGUCACUUAGCACCGGCACGAGCUGACCGGGAGGACCGGGGCCCCAGAAUGACGAAACGUUUCCUGCAGCAGCUCUGCAAGCAGCACAAGCUCUAUGUCACCCCGGCACUCAACGAUUCGCUGUACCUGCACUUUAAAGGCUUUGACCGCAUUGAGAACUUGGAGGAGUACACGGGCCUGCGCUGUCUCUGGCUGGAGUGCAACGGCAUACAGAGAAUCGAGAACCUGGAGGCCCAGGCGGAGCUGCGGUGCCUCUUCUUGCAAGUGAACCUGCUGCGCAAGAUCGAGAACCUGGAGCCCCUGCAGAAGCUGGACGCCCUGAACCUGAGCAACAACUACAUCAAGACCAUCGAGAACCUCGCCUGCCUCCCUGUCCUGAACACGCUGCAGAUGGCCCACAACCAGCUGGAGACGGUGGAAGACAUCCAGCACCUGCAGGCCUGCCCGAAGCUCUGUGUCCUGGACCUGUCCCACAACCGGCUGAGCGACCCGGGCAUCCUGCGCGUGCUGGAGCGCAUGCCAGGCCUGCGCGUGCUGAACUUGAUGGGCAACCCCGUGGUGAAGCACAUCCCGAAUUACCGGAGGACAGUCACCGUCCGGCUGAAACACUUAACGUACCUGGACGACAGGCCGGUGUUCCCAAAGGACAGGGCUUGUGCAGAGGCCUGGGCCACGGGAGGGUACGCGGCCGAGAAGGAGGAGAGGCAGCGGUGGGAGAGCAGAGAGCGGAAGAAAAUCACAGACAGCAUCGAGGCCUUGGCCAUGAUCAAGCGGCGUGCGGAGGAGAGGAGGAGGCAGAGAGAAAGUCAGGAGCGAGGGGAGACGCUGCCGACGGCUGACUCCAUCCAUGCCAGCGCCGAGGGAGAGGAGGCGCCACCCCAGGACAGAGAAACACCCAGCAAGAUGGAGUUGUUCGUGGAGCAAAGCUUCGAGGCCAAGGACGAGCUGUUCCCGGAAGGGCCAUGUGGAGAGGAGGAGCUGCCCGCAGAGGCUGCCGGGGACACAGACCACCUGCAGCCGGGCGAGGACCUCCCAGCCGGGCCCCCGAGCCCGCUGGCCCCCGGGGCUGCCUGGGAAGAGUCGGCUGCUCAGCAGCCGCUUACAGAAGUGGGCGCGGCUGGAACCGAAGACGCAGGAGCCCCAGAAGUGGACGCAAAGGAGACGCUCUUCAUCGCUCUCAGCCUGCUGCGGCCCCCUCCCUUGUCACACCUCUACGUCCAUCCCAAUGCCCACGGUUUCAAAACAGCCAGGGCCAAGGGAACGUGCGUCCCGAAGAUCGAGGCCGUCUCCAUCCUGAGCGGCGACAGCGACCUGGAGCACCUGCCGCUGCCGGAACACCCGCCCACAGACACCCUCUCCAAUAUAUUUGCGGUCUCCAAGGCCGUCUCCAAGAAGGCCGAGACGCCGUUCACAGACAUGCUCAGGGUAGAAGCAAAGGACCUAGGCACCCGAACCGCAGUCACCAAGUGGGCACGACCGCUGAUUGAGGAGCUGCCAGGCAGCCCCUGGCCAGCCCCCGCCAGCAGCAGAGACGCCACGCCCCCUCCAUGCAGCGAGGACGGGGACAGCACCCCCUGCACGGCCUCUGCCCCAGGGAACACAGUGGAAAAGCAGGACCCACGGUCUGAAGCAGAGCCCGAGCUGAGGGUGGGGGCAGGCCAGGAGGACAUCGAAUUCGGCUUGGACUGA